AUGGCAGGCUCGCUGUUCAGGCGUGUUGUCGCACGCGUGAAAGGCGAGAAUCAAGAUGCUGAGUUGACUCCGGAUGGUUUUGCUGAGUCGACGACGCUGGAUGAGAAGACCGCAGCUGGGCUCACUGGUACUGGGAAAAUCGAGCCUACCUCAAAGACAUUCGGACUCGAAGUCGACGAUGAAGAGAUCAAGUCCGGAAAGGCUUCUGAUAUCGCGAGCGACGACUUCGCUGAUGAUGAUGAGGCCGUUCGGGACAUCCCCAUGGCUGUACGACGAAUCGUGUCUAUGACAGACAACCCGGAGGAGCUUACUCUGACCUUCCGAUACUUCCUACUAUCCAUCCUCUUUAUCGUUCCUGGCGCUUUUCUGUCACAGAUGUCAUAUUUCAGAACGACAUCCGCAGCCUACUCAGUGUUCUUCGUUCAGAUCGCAUCGAACUACGUGGGAAUGUGGCUUGCAAAAGUUCUACCAGACAAGAAGAUCUUGGGCAUCAACCUAAAUCCUGGACCAUGGUCUACAAAAGAGCAUGUGCUUGUGACUUUGUCGGCUGCAUCUGGAGCAACUUACAACCUUGCCUACGCGCCGGUCUCAAUUGCCGAGCUCUACUUUAAUGAGCCGAUGAAUCCGGCUGUCGCAAUCUUCUUCAUGUGGAGUGUUGUGGUGACUGGCUACUCGUUUGCUGCGAUCUCGCGUCAAUUCCUGCUUUACGAUCCCCAGUAUCCUUGGUUCCAAGCUUUGUGCCAGACCGCUCUUUUCGAGUCACAGAAGAAGGAGAGAAACCAUCCAACUCCAGUUUCGAAAAAACAGAUGAGGGUCUUCUUUGCUGUCUUCUUUGCAGUUACAAUGUGGCAGUUUCUGCCCGAGUACGUCUUCCCGAUGACCGGAAGUCUUGCUUUUCUCUGCUGGGUGGCUCCUAGAAACCCUGUCGCAAACUUCAUCGGCUCGGGCUUUGGAGGCAUGGGUUUCCUCAACCUCAGUCUGGACUGGUCCACCCUCAGCACAAACGGCAACCUCUUCUUGCUGCCUUGGUGGACCCAAGUAAUCAUGUUCUUGGCCUUCGCUUUCAAUUGUUGGGUUUUGCUUCCUGCUGCGAAGUGGGGUAAUCUCUCUGAGUUCAAGCCUGGUCUUAUGUCUACAAGCGUUCUUCAAGGAAAUGGCACUAAGUAUCCUUUGACCAAGCUAGUGACUUCUCAGGGAACCCUCAACGAGACCGCUUACGAGGAAUAUGGCCCCCUGUACCUUGGGGCGCAAAUGCUCUGGGGUAUCUUCUUCUCAUACGCAGCAUUCUUGUCUGCUUGGGUCUGGGCUGCCCUAUUUGGGUGGUCUUCGUUCAAGGAGGCGAUCUCGAAGUUCAAGAAGAGAAACAGCGAGGGCGAGGACAAGGGGAUCAACCACCAAUACAACGACCAGCUUAAUGUCCUCAUGAGGUCCUACAAGGAGGUUCCACUCUGGUGGUACGCAGCUCUCUUUGCCUGCUCAUUCGUUUCAAUCAUCACGAUGGCUGCAGCUGGCAAAAUCUAUAUUCCCGUCUGGACGUACUUCGUCGCACUUGCUACUGGAGCUCUGGCUGUUACACCCCUUGGCUGGCUAUAUGCAGUGUCAAAUUAUCAACUUCCCAUAGGCACAUUCAACGAGCUUUUGUAUGGAUUAAUGACGAAUGCCGUCAGUGGCCACAAGAACCCCACCGGCGCUACCAUUUACAGUUCUAUAGCUGGAGAUGCCUGGUAUAGAGCACAGUAUAUGCUCAAUGAUCAAAAGGUUGGGCACUACAAUCACAUUCCACCUCGAGCAACGUUCUUCUCGCAGGUCUUUGGGUGCACAAUUGGUGUGCCUAUCAAUUACGGCGUUGUGAAAUGGGUGCUGUCAACCAAACGCGAUAUCUUGCUCGGCAUUGAGAAAGACCCCACACACCAAUGGACAGCACAACACCUCUCUUCAUCUCUAUCAACAUCAGUCGAAUACGUCCUUAUCGGCCCUACAAAGAUGUUCCAACAAUCCUCCUUCAAACCCCUUCCUUACGGCUUCAUCGUCGGCGCCUUCGCUCCCAUCCUCAUGUUUACCCUCCACAAGUUCUUCCCAAACUCCAAGCUCAAGUUCCGCCUCUGGAACACUACAAUCUUCUUCUCCUGCGUUUCCAACUUCUACGGCAAUGUUUCUACCGGUUACACUAGCGCCUUUAUCGGAGGCUUCAUAGUCAUGUUCUGGGCUUUCAGAUACAGGAACAAGUUGUGGGCGAGAUAUAACUAUCUCAUGGGCGCAGCAUUUGAUGCUGGCUAUAACUUGAACUUGCUGUUGGUGUUUUUGUUCUUUGGUUCCGGCAAGAUUAUUAGUAUGCCGUAUUGGUGGGGCAAUAAUGAGCAGAGUAGUGAGAGGUGUUUUGCUCUUGACUGA